AUGUACCGGAAUGAUUAUUUUGACCUAACUAGCCGAACAAAGUAUCCAAAAACUCAAGUCUGGAAUCUUACGGGCACGACGUUCCUUGAUGGGGCACGACGUUUCUAUCUAACCGGACUAAUCAAUUGUGACUCCCUGUCCGGUUCACGGUGUCUUUCUCUAAUCCUUCAGGGCAAAAUGAUGUGUCCUGGAAAGUGCCGUCUAUGUGGUCACUCUAACCAGACUCCUGAACAUUUCCUUGUUGAGUGUCCUUUCGUUUGGCAAGUUUGGAAUAUGACUAUGAAUAGGUGGAUACCACACUGGCAAGCCCGACCGUCCACAAUCCUUCGUGCCUUUUAUGCUUUCGCCCUCCCUCCCUCCCCUCCUCAUAUUGACUCAUAUCAUGUUUUGGAUGGUGUUCUUGCCGCAGUGUGGAAAGUGUACUGGCGCACAAUUUUUGACGAUGUGCCUUUUGUUCCUGCCAAUGUAGUUGUUUCUGUAAACAAAUCGCUUUAA